GAAGGUUCCGGAUGUGACGACAUUCCUCUUCCUGGGAGCCAUUGUCCGUUCGUUUUGUGGUCCUGAAACCCAACUACAGAUUCCACGGAGCCGGUUAUUUGUGGGCUGCCAGGUUUCCGGAUACCCGCUGUUUGACUCCCGGCUCUUAGGAUGUCGGUGCUGCCUCCAAACCGCUCCCAGACCGGGUGGCCCCGCGGUGUAAACCAGUUCGGGAAUAAAUACCUGCAGCAAACCAAACCACUGACUCUGGAGAGGACCAUAAACCUAUAUCCUCUUACAAAUUACACGUUUGGCACGAAGGAGCCCCUGUACGAGAAGGACAGUUCGGUGGCUGCGCGCUUCCAGCGCAUGCGGGAGGAGUUUGAUAAGAUCGGGAUGAGACGGACGGUUGAGGGGGUUCUUAUUGUACACGAGCACAGACUACCCCAUGUUCUCUUAUUGCAGCUGGGUACCACCUUCUUCAAACUACCUGGGGGUGAGCUGAACCCUGGAGAGGAUGAGGUGGAAGGCUUGAAGCGUUUGAUGACAGAAAUCCUAGGCCGUCAGGAUGGAGUGCAGCAAGAUUGGGUCAUUGAUGACUGCAUUGGAAACUGGUGGAGGCCAAACUUUGAACCACCUCAGUAUCCAUACAUUCCAGCUCACAUUACGAAACCUAAGGAACACAAGAAGCUGUUUCUGGUGCAGUUGCAAGAAAAAGCGUUAUUUGCUGUCCCGAAGAACUACAAACUUGUCGCUGCUCCGCUGUUUGAACUAUACGACAAUGCCCCCGGUUACGGCCCGAUCAUUUCCAGCCUCCCGCAGCUCCUAAGCAGGUUCAACUUUAUUUACAACUGAGAACGUUCAGUCUCUGGAGCAGGACAUUGCAUGAAUGAAGCGGUCUCUGUGAGCACAGCUUUAUAAAGUGGGACAUCUGAAGUUGACAAAGAUGUUGGUUUUUCCUUUUUCUUUUUUUUUCCCCUCCCCCCCAAAAAAAAAAAUUUGUGACACCCGCUAUCAGAAUAGAAGGACUGUGCAGCAGCGGGGUGUUUAUAUAGUGUUUUUAUUUUUUUUAUUGUGUUCCAUUAUAUGUGUCACUCAAUUUUCUAACAAUUAAAACAGGAUUCUUUCCAA